CCCCCCCGUUAGCCCGCCGCCGCAAUGGAAGUAAACAGGGACGAAGCGGAGCGCUGCAUUGACAUUGCGACCGCGGCGUUAACCAGCAACCAGCCGGAGAAGGCGCAGCGGUUCCUGGAGAAGGCGCAGAGGCUCUUCCCGACCGACAAGGCGAAGGUACUGCUGGAGCUAAUAGCAAAGAAUGGAUUCACACCCAGACAAAGCGGCCACUCAGACUUCAGCGGGGUCUCGGGGCCUCGCCAGCGACAGACCAACAGUGAGGAUACCAGACCUGAGGAAAAGCCUUCAGACACAGCAAAACCCUACACGGCAGAUCAGCUAGAUGCUGUGAGGAGGAUAAAACAAUGUAAAGACUUCUAUGAAAUUCUCGGGGUCCAGGCGGACGCCUCUGAGGAUGAACUCAAAAGAUCAUAUAGAAAACUUGCUUUGAAAUUCCAUCCAGACAAGAAUCACGCUCCAGGUGCUACAGAGGCAUUUAAAGCUAUUGGGAAUGCGUAUGCUGUUCUGAGCAAUGCUAACAAAAGAAGACAGUAUGAUCAAUGUGGAGAAGAGAGGAGGCAUCCUUCCAGACACGGCCCAGACAAUGAAAACUUCGAGCCAGAUAUUUCACCCGAAGACCUCUUCAAUAUGUUCUUCGGAGGAGGUUACCCGUCAAGCAAUGCUAAUGUGUACACUAAUGGGCGGAUGCGGUACCAAAGGCGAGAGAGAAGGGAGCGACAGCGAGAUGGAGGCCUCGCUCUCUUCGUGCAGGUCAUGCCCAUCCUCAUUCUGGUUAUUGUGUCAGCCCUCAGUCAGAUCAUGGUCAACAGCCCCUCCUACAGCCUCAGCUUCAGGCCGUCAGCAGGUUACACACAGAAGAGGCUGACUGAGAACCUGAAGGUGCCAUAUUAUGUGGGGGAGCAGUUCUCCAAGGAGUUCACUGGAGUGAACCUGAAGAAUUUGGAGCGAAUGGUGGAGGAUGAUUAUAUUUCCAACCUUCGCAACAAUUGCUGGAAGGAGAAACAACAAAAGGAAGGCAUGCUUUACAGAGCUCGCUAUUUUGGAGACACUGACCUGUACCAAAGAGCACAGAGGGCUCGCACACCAAGCUGCGCCAAGCUGUCCGAGAUUACAGCUUCAUUACAUGGUUGAGGCUGCUUUCAUAAUUAAAAGUUUCCAGAAUCAACACAAAAGAUUAUUGGCUGUAAAUAGAUGAGCUUUAACAAUCUGGAGACUGAAGAUGACUCAACAAGCAACACAAACAAACCAGCACCAGUCUGCAUCAAACUGACCACAUGAACUGGUUGAAACCUUUUCUGUGGAAUUUUAGUAUGUGAAAUGAGAAAAUAUAAUGUUAAUAUAAUGUUUUGAAAUGGAAAAGCCACUUAAAAUAGCUUGUCCUCCUGACAAGGUAGGGGUUUGGAAAACCUCCAAGCUCCAGUUUUGACUGGGAGCCAUAGAGCUGAGAGAGGUUUUUUGUGAGAAUGCAAUAUGAAACCAGAACAUAGUGAGAUUAGUCGUAGUCGUACGGAUGUUAUUUACGUAGCAGUUGACUAAAUACCACAGUGAAUGCUUCCUUUUUUAUUUUAUGCAGUCAAAUCAGCACAGGAGACACGUUUGAGGGGGGAUUUGCUGAUUUGACUUCAAAUGCACAUUCUGAAACUAUGCAGGAAUAAUGUGAAACCUCGGAUGAAUAUAUACUCAUGUCCAAGGCUUGUCAGACACUUGAACACCUGAGAUUUGUCUUCUUCUGCUGUGUGUUUGUGUGUGUGUGUGUGUGUGUGUGUGUGUGUGUGUGAGAUAACAAUUAGGAAAUGUCCCUUUACACUUUGCUUCCUUUUAAAGAAUUAUACCGUGUAACUUUAUGGCACUACAAUAAUAAAAGCCAAGAGAACGAGAGACGUGCCUACCCACCCAAGUGGGACUUUAACAGGUUCUAGUUUUGGAGCGUAAUGUCUCUGAUGAACAUCUGUUGGGAAAAGCAAUUUUUGUCACACUUUUGAGUUUAUAGUAUGCUAUUUAUUUUUUGUAUUUGUUUUAAAAUGGAUGAUCAGACUAAGAAAACAAUACAGUACUUGCUCACUUUUUCCACCUUGUUUUUACUCCCAGAUGAAAAUAAAUUUGGAUGCUGAAACACAA